AACAAUGAUAAUCUAAGGAGUUGACUGAAGCAGAUCUGGGACCGGACACCUCAUUUGAUCCUAACCUUAACCAUUAGGGCCAAACUGACCUUAGGUAAGUGUCUUAACGGACACUUCAUCCUCCUCAACUGGGGCUUGUGGGACUCCUCUCUCAGACAGGAUGUGUCGCAUCAUCAACUUCCUGCUGGCUCUGCUGAGCCGUUUCCUGUUUGCUGUGCAUGGGGUGGUGACCGUGUGGCGUGUGGUCGCCGUCAAAGGGGAGCCCCUCUAUUGGCUGCUGCUGAUGGGCGUGGCUCUGCUGGGGGUGGAGAUGGCAGUCACCAUCAAGUGUACCCGCAAUGCAGAGUGGAAAUGGUUCUCCCCCAUGGUUUUCCUCUACCUCAGUACCGUCAUCCCCUCCAUUUGGUUCCUGGAGCUCAGCCUGCUGCAGUACAAGCUCCCUGUCAACAUCUCCUCUGGCCCCGAGCUAGAAGAGCUGCUGGCUCACAUCCCCAUCUCAGCGGACAUCUUGCAGCUGGACCCAGAGAACUGGGCGGCAGGGCUGGAGCAGACCAUGCUCAUCGUACUGGUGCUGGGCCGCUGGCUUAUGCCCAAAGGAGACAUGUCCCGCGACCAGCUCUCCCAGCUCCUCAUGGUCUACGUGGGCCUGGGCGCUGACAUCCUGGACAUCUUUGACACCUUCAAGGAGCCCGAGGUCAAGACCAACAGGGCCGUUAUCAUUAUGGGCCUUGCCCUCUUUUCCUGGGCCCUCAUGCAGUUCCCCUUGGUUCUGACCCAGACCAGUCCCCCCAAGGCCCAUCUCCAGCCCUGUUUGUCCCAGCCCGGCUUCCUCCAGCGGGGCCUCUCUCAGGAGGGAAGCGUGGCUGUAGUGGAGGGACUGCCUGGAGCUCCCCCCUCCUGCUAUACACCGUGCUGCUCCAGUGAAGUGUGGAGUCUGCUGUUGACUGUGGGGCUCCAGGACGGGCCGUUCCUCAUCUACCGCCUCUACCUCAUGAUCAGGGAGAACGUUCUCAACCAGUUAAUGAUCUUCUUCACCUGUAAAAACAUCCUUGUCGUCCUGCUGGAGUUCUACAGGAUCUUUGUGGUGCAGUGUGAGCAGCAGGGGGAGGGCUGCCUAGGGGGGCUGGAGAUGUGUGCAAUGCCCUGGUGCCAACAAGCCCAGGAGGAGGAGGUGGAGGGAAGACGACAGGAUAGUGGAGAACAGAACUGCCAGAGAGAGGAGGGGAGGGAGGGACCCCACCUGGCAUUCCACCUGGACGGAUACCUGGGAGACUGGGAUGCAGAUGGUGAAAGUCGGCGAUGA